CGCACCCUUUGCUGGAUAUCAUGGAAGCAGAUGACUAUUACACCAAAGAUGGAACAGUUGAUUAUCGUAAGAACCCUGCUGAUAAGAGGAAAACCGGAACCUGGAAGGCCUGUCCUUACAUCCUUGGAAAUGAAUGCAGUGAAAGAUUGGCGUACUAUGGAAUGAGCAGCAAUCUGAUGAUCUACUUCACAAAGCAACUCAAUCAGCACACUGCUGAUGCUUCAAGAAAUCUCUCGAAUUGGUCAGGAACAUGCUAUAUCAUGCCACUACUGGGAGCAUUUCUUGCUGAUUCAUAUCUUGGAAGAUAUUGGACAAUCGCCAGCUUCUCAACCAUCUACUUCAUUGGCAUGACACUUUUGACAUUGUCGGCAUCGGUCCCAGGCCUAAAACCCACCUGUUCUGCCAAGGAUGUUUGCCAGCCAACGGGCACUCAGACAACAGUCUGCUUCAUAGCACUCUACCUGGUAGCGCUAGGAACUGGAGGGAUCAAGCCGUGUGUCUCAUCCUAUGGAGCAGAUCAGUUUGAUGAUGCUGAUGAAACUGAGAAAAACUUCAAAGGCUCUUUCUUCAAUUGGUUCUAUUUCAGUAUCAACAUUGGGGCACUAAUUGCUUCAUCUUUAUUGGUCUAUAUACAAUUACAUGUCGGGUGGGGAUGGGGGUUCGGUAUACCUGCUGCGGCAAUGGCAAUAGCAGUGGUUUCCUUCUUUUCUGGUACCCGAAUCUACCGUUAUCAGAUACCAGGAGGCAGUCCCUUGACUCGCUUAUGCCAGGUCUUGGUGGCAUCUUUGAGAAAGCAUAGCGUUCCACUGCCUGCUGACAAAUCUCAACUUUGUGAGGUUGCAGAUGAGACAAGUGCUAUUGUAGGCAGUCGCAAGCUUGAACACACAGAUUCCUUCAGUUUCUUUGACAAGGCCGCAGUGGAGACAGAAUCAGAUCUUGCAAAUGAAUCAAAAGUAAGUGCAUGGAGGCUUUGCACUGUGACACAGGUGGAGGAGCUGAAAUCAAUCGUAAGAUUGCUACCUGUUUGGGCCACUGGUAUUAUGUUCAGUGCCGUUUAUGGUCAAAUGGGGAACUUAUUUGUAUCACAAGCCGAAGUCAUGGACACCCAUUUGGGAAAAACUUCAUUUGAGAUCCCAGAAGCAUCACUCACCGUUUUUGACACACUCAGUGUCAUUAUCUGGGUUCCGAUUUACGACACAAUAAUAACCCCCUUUGCCAGAAAAAUUACAGGUCGCAAAAAUGGCUUGACCCAGCUGCAGAGAAUGGGCAUCGGACUGGUCAUAUCAGUUUUUGCUAUGGUAUCUGCAGCUGUUUUAGAGAUUGUUAGGCUUGGAAUAGUGAAGAAACAUAACCUAUACGACGCAGAGCUGAUUCCAAUUUCAGUGUUCUGGCAGAUCCCUCAGUACUUCAUAAUAGGUUGUGCAGAAGUGUUCACAUUCAUUGGACAGCUAGAGUUUUUCUACGAACAGGCACCUGAUUCCAUGAGAAGCUUGUGCGCUGCUCUAUCGCUCACCACCACCGCACUUGGCAACUAUCUGAGUUCCUUUUUAGUAACGAUCGUCACAAAAGCCAGCACUAGGGGUGGCAAACCAGGAUGGAUACCGGACAACUUAAACUAUGGUCAUCUGGAUUACUUCUUCUGGCUCUUGGCUGCGCUCAGUGUGCUGAACUUUGGAGUUUUUCUUGUGAUUGCCCAGAGGUAUACAUACAAGAAGGCAGUCGGAAUCCUUCGCUGAUAAAAACAAUCUGCCCCUUCGGAAUCGAAGAGGAAGUGGGAUUGGGGUUAAAGGGCAGCUUAGAAGUUUAUGUUUUUUUGCAUUUUCUUUGUUCCGCUAGAUGGUAAAACGAAUACUACUUCGUCUGAUGUGAAUA